UUGGAGCAUGGGUCAAAGGCAGCUAGUCAGUUUAGUGCGGGUAUUACUCAAGAUGAAUAAAAUAAUAGUACUCGAUGAAGCUACUGCAUCAGUGGAUAGUGCAACUGACUAUAUAAUUCAACAAACACUUAGGCAACACUUCUCAGGGUCUACUGUCAUCACAAUUGCACAUAGAUUAACAUCAGUUCUUGAUGUCGAUAAGGUCCUCCUCCUUGAUGAUGGUCUUGUACUGGAAUAUGAUUCUCCAACCAAAUUGUUAGAUAUCAAGUCCUCAUCAUUUGCAAAGCUUGUUAAGGAAUAUAUCCGAAGAUGUGAUACUUAAUUUGGAAAGUCUAAAUAAGUGUGUUUUGAAUACUCAGAUGCAAGCAUGCUGCAUUAGAUUGAGGUGUAUCACUA